GAAGUGUUGAUCAUAUUGACCUCUGAAGAGAGAUAAUGUUCCAUAUAAAGGCCUGGUGAUCAUGCACUCACUUGGCACAUUCUCUUUCUUCAUAAAGACAUCGACGUGUGCACAUCAUAAUGAAAUAUUUAGUGGUCUUAUUGGCCGUAGGAUUGGCUGCGGCUAUUAAUCUUAAAGGAGUUAAACAGACGAGACAUAUAUACAAACGUCAAGCAGGAGGAUGUCUUUAUGAAGGUCAGACAUAUCAGCAGGGACAAUCAUGGACUGUUCCCUGUAAAUACAACUGUCAAUGUACCGACGCAUCAACAGGACACUACGUCUGCAAGGAUGUGUGCCCUUCAUAUGGAACCUUACCACAAGGUUGCCAAUUAGUCAAAGAAGCAAGCGGAUGUUGUAGUAAACCAAAGUGUUCUUUUACGCCAUCUGGCGGAGGAAACGGAGGCACUGCAGCCAACACUGGCGAUGGUGGAUUCCAUCUUGGAUUUGGCACUCAGGCUCCAGUCAUGUCAGGUGGAUCAGGAGGUUGUGUGGACAAGAUGGCGACUUGUAAGGACUAUGGAGAUGCUGUAUGUACAGACCCUACAUACACCGGGUGGGUCACUGAAAACUGUGCAUUGUUCUGUGGAAAAUGUGGUGGUAUGACCUCUGGAGGCGGUAUGGUGUCCGGGGGUGGUAUGGUGUCCGGAGGUGGUAUGGUUUCCGGAGGAGGCGGUGUGGUUUCAGGAGGUGGUAUGGUUUCUGGAGGUAGUGGUGUAACUUGUGUUGACAAACAAUCAAACUGUGCCGAUUAUGCUCGAGGUGGCACAUGUACAGAUCCAAAAUAUUCAGGAUGGGUCAAGGACAACUGUGCAAGAACUUGUUUAUGUUCUGGUGGAUCUUAUUACACCGGAAGGUAUGUUGGACAGACUGGAGGACCUAUGACAGGAACUGGUACUGGAACUGGAACUGGAACUGGAAUGGGAACUGGUACUGGAACAAUGAUCGGAACCGGAACCGGAACUGGAACAAUGAUCGGAACCGGAACAGGAACAGGAACUGGUUAUCCGACGAUGCAACCUGGAACUGGAACCGGAACUGGAACAAUGAUUGGAACUGGAACCGGAACUGGAACCGGAACUGGAACCGGAACUGGAACCGGAACUGGAACAAUGAUUGGAGCUGGAACCGUAACUUGUGUUGACAAACUCUCAAACUGUGCCGGUUAUGCUCGAGGUGGAACAUGUACAGAUCCCACAUAUGCAGGAUGGGUCAAGGACAAUUGUGCUAGAACCUGUUUAUGUUCAGGAGGAUCAAUGUAUACAGGACGUCCAAUGACAGGAACUGGGGGAACUAUGAUCGGAACCGGAACUGGCGGAACAGGAACUGGAACACCAGGUACGGGAACCGGAACUGGGGGAACUAUGAUUGGAACAGGAACUGGCGGAACAGGAACCGGAACACCAGGUACGGGAACCGGAACAGGUGGUACAAUGAUAGGUACAGGUACAGGAGGAACAGGUACAGGAGGUCCCAUGACCGGUACAGGAACAGGAGGCACUGUCAUUUCUGGAUCAUACACAGUGCUUUGUGUCGAUCACGUGCAGAACUGUGCAGACUAUGGACAACAAACAUGUAAUGAUCCCACAUACGCUGGCUGGGUAAAGGACAACUGUGCCAAAACAUGCAACAAAUGUGCAUAUUUAUCAGGAUCAAGUAACGGUGGUACCGGAUUUAUUCCGGUCUACACUCCAGAUGGACACGUAUACACUGGAACCAAGUACACAAACACUGGAACACACUAUCCAGGAGGAACCAUGACAGGUACUGGAGGAACUGGAACAGGAACAUUUACAGGUACAGGUACAGGUACAGGUACAGGUACAGGUGGUACCAUGAUCGGAACCGGAACUGGUGGAACCUUGACAGGAACUGGUACCGGAGGUGCAUUGACAGGAACAGGCACCAUGACCGGGGGAUCAUGUGUAGACAAACCAGGUACAAACUGUGCUUCCUAUGGAAAGACCGUAUGUACCGACAGUAAAUACGCCGGAUGGGUGCAAGACAAUUGUUGUGCAUAUUGUGCAACCAGUGGAAUGACAAGUGGUGGUACUAUGGUCAACACAGGAACAGGAACUGGAGCUGGACAUGUCGGACAAUCUACAGGUUGUGUGUAUAAUAAUCAAGUAUAUCAGCAAGGUCAGAAAUGGAAGGAUGGAUGUAAAUACCAGUGCACAUGUACAAACGCCUCAUCAGGAAUGUACAACUGUCAAUCAUUAUGUGUACAGUUUAAUUUACCUAGUGUAUGUACAAUGCAGCAACCCGCAGCAGGAAUGUGUUGUCAAACCCCCAGUUGUCCCCCAACUGUACAGAUUCAAUAUCCACCAGGAUAUACACCACAAUAACAAGGACAUAUAAUACAUCAUUAAAUAGUGGAUUUUUU